AUGCCAGCCAUCACUUCAUUACCGCAAGCCGCACAGACGGCGAGCAAACUUACCUACGCGUUUGCACCUUCGCCUCUGAAAGCCCCAAAUAACAUUCCAUCGCUGCCCGCCAUUCCUCCACAAAUCGGUUCGAUAUCCAGGACAUAUCGAUCAAGAAUUCCAGCUAAAUUAGCCACCGUUAGCCUGGUUGGGAGGUGAGUGUCUUUGAAUUUCGUCUGAUUUUUUACAAAGAGGCAUGCUGUCCGUUUUCAUUUUUUACAGUUAUGAACUUUCUAUUCAGCUCACAAUGAUACACAAUUCGUUGAAUACAAUUCUUCACACAAGUCUUGUUACUUAAUAACCUCUAAUGUUGCCAUUUAUAGGAGAGAUCGUUCUAAAAAUGCCCCAAGUGUCUUUUUAGAAGAAAAGCAAGGUGAAACUUUUGCAAGUAAGUCUCCAGUUUAACCUUUUCAAUGUGCUAAUGUUCAGCUGUAGUAUUAGUAUUAAAAACAGACCAUGUUUUACACUGGUACAGACUCUUUUAACCACAUGUGAGCGUGUAAUAUUUAACUAUAAUGGUCAGUUUUAAAGCUUUUUUACUUAGCUGUGGGCAUGUAAACUUAAGUUGGUGUAAUUUUUUAUUUAGUCUUCACCAUUACAAUGUAUGAACUGAAUGAAGUUAUUAAUUAAUUCUUUGUACCAGUGUUAAUUAAAAUCUAAGUAUGAGAUUAUGGGAUAAUUAUUGGAAUAUAAUCAUUGGCGGAUUCAGAUAAUCAACCAAGUGGGGGAUCUCUUGUCAAGACCCUGAGAAUUAAAAGCUAAGAGGAGGCCCAGCUUCAAAAAUAACUUUUCUCAGCCCUGUGGGCUCCAGCAUGGUCUAAAAAUAAGGAGGGGGCCUGCCCUACUUCAGGCCCUCUGCUAGAUGUGCCUAUGAUCAUAUUCUCUGUGCUGGUAAAAGUGGAAGUGUGUGGAAAAACUUAUUGUCAUGCACUGUAGGUGUGGUUUUAGAUUGCUCUGUAACUAUAUGCCAGGAAAAACAUAUGGCAUGAAUAUUCCUUGUCAGCUGUGUGAAACUACUCAAACUAACUGAAUCAACUUAAAUCAAAGCGGCUUGUAUCAAAAUGACUUUGUAUUUCCAAAUUCCAAUUCGACCAGGAAUCAGGUAGAUGAAGAACCACUUUGUGGAUGUGCUACCUCCAAAUCAUUAUUUAUUUUAGUUAUAUUUAUUUAUGUAUGAAAACAACCAGCAUCGGAAGCAUUACUGGAUACAAUUUUCAAAGUACUGUGUGUCAGGCAGGGAUACACCUUCUUCAAGUUGGAUUAUUUUAUUUUAUAUAAAUACAGUGAUGCAGAUGCAUGUACAUGUACUAGCAUAGAUUAUUGAAUGAUGUUUGAUUUGUUAUGAUUACAAACUUCUCCAGGCCUAGAGGAGUGCAUGCAGUCACGGCCACCAUUACAACUAGACUUAACUGGUCCAAAGCCGACAACUUAUGACCCCCCAGCGACCCUACCAUGGGAAACAUCUUCACCAAGUUACACGAUGCGACCCAAGACUCAGCCAGAGAGAGGUAAAGCUACAACAGUUCAUAUGCUGACUGACAAAUAUGGGGAACAAAGGUGGCGCAGUGGUGAGAGCACUUGCCUACCACCAAUGUGGCCCAGGCUCAAAUCCUGGUGUCAACACCAUAAUUAUGUGGGUUGAGUUUGUUGUUGGUUCUCUCCUUUGCUCCGAGAGGUUUUUCUCUUGGUACCCCAGUUUUCCCCUCUCCUCAAAAACCAACAUUUCCCCCAAUUUGACCAGGAAUGGUGGACGAAGAACCACUAUCUGGGUGGGCUACCUCUAAAUUUAUUGUUGCUAUUAUUAUUAUUAUUGACUUUUUUUACCCAUGCCCUGGUUUUAUUUUACACAUUCCUAAAGUACAAGAACAGAUUUUAUAUCUGUUCUAAAUAUGUACAUAUUCAAGAGUGUACGAAACAUUUUGAUUUUGCAGAAAAAUCACUUCCCAUUUAUACAAUACUUAGAAUACAAUCUAAUGCUUCAAUGCUAACCCAAAAUGUUAAGCAACAUAGCUACAGUUGAACCUCUCUACAACAGCCACCUUGGGAAUGGCAGAAAGUGGCCAUUGUAAAAGAUGGCUGUUGUAGAGAGUUUUUAAACAAGGGUCAAUGUGCGGAUUUUUUGUCCGCCGGGACGAAAAAAGGUGGCCGUUGUAGAGAGGUGACCAUUGUAGAGAGGUGGCAGUUAGCAGAGGUUAGACUGUAUUUCACAUUAAUUGAAAGCAUUUUACCGUAGCUAGAGAGAAUGAAUCUGCUGUUCAUGUCUUAUUUAUUGAAGAUGAAUUUGUCUUAAGUUUCUUUGAGAAACAAGUCGUUGACAUGGAAGUCCCUUGAGAGUUAAGCAGUAGCCAAUGAGAUUCUGAGUUUAGUUUCCUCAUGUUGAGGACUCAGCUAGAAAUAUUGACUCAGCAAAUUACAAUAGCAAUUAUUACUUGCCCACAAUUUUUUUUACAAAGUUUAUUUCUUUGCAGAUCAAGGUGGUGACAGAGUUGCUUGGAGCAAACAGUGGAUUGCCAGUCCGGAUAUCUGGACAUACAGAGCUAACUUUGAUAGUAGGGUAAGAACUUUUCCAAGAAUGGUAUUAUUCCCCUUUUCAUUUGAUGAUCCUUAUUCUAUGAUAAGCUCUGUUACAAUGCUGUCAUCAUUUUUCAACCACAGGAGUGGAGGGGACGUUCAUCAAGAUUUCUUCCCAAACCCUAUGAUUUGCCAUCACUGUACUCUUUCCAUGUAGAUUGUAGUACUUUAGUUCUGUUCUUCUGUUAGUUUAGUGUUUGUGGAGGCUUUUGCAAGAGCAAAUUAUAAUUCAUCUUGUGAAAUUACACAUUCGGUAAAUAUACUUUGAUUGUUAUUCUUAUUCGAAGGGCAAUAUUGGUUUGAACAGAAUGUCUUUACCUUAACAUGAAAUUUUGACAAAAAAUUGUCUUUAAGUCAUUUGGGGCUGUUAGAGGCUAAAAGCACUGCAGCAUUUAUGGUUUAUGUUUUUAAGAUUUUAUUAGUACACAUAAAUUCCAUCAGUUCAUAAAAGAAAAUUAAUUAUGUAGCUGUAAAGGUGGUCGGUACUGAUAAUUAUCUGUUUGUGAGGGUGUUUUCAAUUAAUUUGUUAAUUUGUAGUCUCUUUGUUGUUAACAGUACACGUGGCCUUCACCAGCUCAUUAUUCAUCAAGACCCACUGUUGGAAGCCCUCAGUUCCUUUUAAGCCAGUCACCAUCACACACAUUUGGCAAAAGAAGAGAAUUCUCAAUCAGCAAGAAAGGUGAAACAUCACUAUGACAUUAUGAGUCUUCAUAGCCAAUAACAUCAUGGCUUAUUACUGACAGAUGACCAAUAAAAUCACAGCUUAAUUGACUAAUCAGGUCAAUAACCAGAGUAGCCUGCGUGGCUGGCGGAAUUAGCAGGAGUGCUGAAGUUUUCUUGCAAAAAUGCCCAAAGUCAAACUUCAACAAAAAUUUUCAAAUUUUUGCUUUUUUAUUGUUUUACUUUGUAAAAUGCAAAACACAGUCCUACUGGCUCUCUUGGCAUGUUUACCUUUACUGUCACUUGUACUUGAUACAGUGUAAUCUUUCUCUUUUAUUCCAUAGGUUCAGAAGAUGAACCAGCCCCAAACCAGUAUGAUUACAAGAAAGGCAAGGAUCAGUCAAUGAGAAGAUCACCCUCAUAUACCAUUCAACAAGGCAGGAGGGGUGGUACUGUGUUUUGGAUGGCUAGAGGUUAGUUUACUUACAAUGCAAAACUCAACUGUUUUGUCAAGCGCAGUAUCUGUGAGUUGGUCAAGUCCAGCUGCUGAAUGACUUCAUAUAGCCUGUUACAGUGGAACCACAAUAUAAUGAACCUCUAUGUAACUUAAGUUUGCGGCAAAACAAACGAUUUUCUUUACCCCAGUAAUAGUAAAACACAUGGAAAAGAACCGUAAUACAGUGUAUAACAAACCCUCAUAAACAGAAAACAUUAUGCUAGCCCCUUGGCCCUAUGACUGUUGGGAUGGACCAUUAGAACAAUUUUGGGUGUAGGGGUGGGAAAUUUUUUAGCCGCCUGAAUUUUUUUUCGUUAUGAUUUUCCUUGCAUUAAUGUUUUUUAGGGCUAAUUGGUGUGCAUGAAUUUUUUCAUUUAAUUUUUCCUUGCACAAACUUUUUUUUUUGUUCUUCACCCCCCCACCCCAUAAGUUUUCUAAUGGUUCAUCGCUUACAUGUACAUCAAGGAUCCACUGUUAACUAGACCUCAAGCGGUCAUCCUUCUUUCCUCUGAGCCAUACGCAGCGAGCGAAAAAGUAAAAUUAUGCAAUUAUUAAUGGAAAAAGGGGAAAAUAUAUGUACAGUCUUGCAGUCUAACUGUUAACUUAUUUUUUGUAUCAUUCACAUAAAAAUUAUUAUCCUCCCCCUUGGGAUGCAAGGGUACUGAGUAAAGGGAAAAGGGCUAAAAAUUGCAAGGAGGUGGCAUUCUUCCUCAGCCAAUAUUCCAAUUUUUCCCCACCAAGGUGCCUGCUACCAGGCUACACUGUUUGUGUCUGGCUGGUUUAAAUUAAUGGUAGACAGAUACACAAAUAGACAGAUGCAAUCUGGUAGGGCUGUCUGACAACAGUGGAUCUGUCUGUUUUUUAGAGGUCAAGGGUUGGAGGUGGGGGUAGAUGUAUGGGAGGUUUAUCUCUUUUAUAAGCCACAGGGGGGUGUACAUGUAGUACAAGACGUGCACCACCCCACAGGGUAUGCAUAUUGAUUUUGAGCUGUUUUUGUGCAGUAUCGUUUCCCUUGUUUGAGGUACAUGUACAUGUAAAAUUAACGUUCUUAAAUUCGUACAAUUUUGUAGGUAAGUUUAUCUAUUAACUUACACAGCUUUGUUGUAACUUUCAACAGAGCCCGUGCCAGGUCCAGGGUCGUAUAAUCCACGGGUGUAUCGCACAAGCAGCAAGCGCUGUGCUCCUUCCUUCUCACUGUCAAGGUCACCCAGAGAGAUAGGAAUCACAAGGAACUGUACAUUCUAAAGUAACAAACAUGAUCUCCAAGUCGUGGUCAUAAAGCUGUGUGAACUUCAGACUACAUUUGAGGGUUUGCCUGGAUAUCAAAGACAACGUAAAGAGAAUUUAACCACUCCGAGAGUGUUGUGUUGUGGAGCCAAAUUGUCAGGGAUGUUUUUGGGGGAAGUUUGUCACGCAAUCCUCUGCCAAAAACAUACAAGAGAUGUACGAUUUGUUUGUUAGAGGUUGUAAAAGUUCUAUUUUUUAAUAAGAGGUUAAUGAACUUUGUUUAGAUAAAGUGUGUACAAAUAUUUAUGUAAUAUUUUCUAUAUCUUGAAUAUUAUGUAUGUUUUUACUUGUAAAGUGUGAGAAGGCGAAAUUAGAAGGAAAUUGAAUAAAAGUUUUAUCAAAUUAAGGCCUGAAAGUUGGCAUUUGUUUGAUGAAUACCCACUGGUUUCCACCUUUUAGUGCUAUUCUGUUCAUAGCUCUUGAUGCAUGAACCUCUGUGAAAUUACGUGUACAUACGUACGCAUAAAAUGUAUAACAUGUUUGAGUAUGUUCAUUGAGACAGUUUAAAUAUGAAGUUAUUGUUGUAUUUGGUUAUUGUUCCAAGCGUUUUUUUGCUGCCUUAGCUCUUCUACUCUCUAUUUAGCCGGGUGUUAAGUUUUUUUUAAAAGUUUUUGUGUUUACGAUGCAGUUUCGCUCAGGUGGAAAAAGUCGGUUCUUCAGCUAUUUCUGCCACUGUUCCCAUAACAACAUUAAGCUUGGCUUCUCUCUGCCCGUUACAGUCCAGUAAACAUAAACAAACGUUUAAUUGUGUACCUUAAUAAUAUCCGUUGAAACCCUGACAAGUGACGCGUAAAUUCCAAUUAAAUAUAGGGCGUCAUAUCAAUACAAUCAUUCCAAACUUUAGGACACUAGUCGAAAAAAAGAACAAUUUUACGGUAUAACGUACUCUUAAGCAUGAACAACGAAUACAGUAAGUAGCGAUGACCCUAAAUCCCCUUUAAAAAGAUUAGUUCCUUUAAGUCGGAAGCGCUAAAUCGCUUAAAACUUCGUGACGUUAUACAGCCCGGGGUUACAAAAGGUCAUGAUAAUUUCAUAUCGUAUUUAGAGCGGCUGUCUGCGGAAACAACGAGCCCUGAUUUUAAAUGUAGCGUCCUUUUCAUUGGGCAUAAACUGCAGUUUGUUUACGCAGGGUCAUUCCGUUUGAAAUUUGCAGGAUUGAAAUAACCGGAGUUAAGAGGAAUCAAGGCAUCUCGCUCAAGAAACAUAAUCAAGUGUCUUUUUGAAGCUCCAGAAGUAUCCCUUGCAGUGGAGAUGGGUUGACCGUUGGAGUAUUGUUUCGAUCGUAGCUGAGAGCGCUUUUUGGCUGUUGGCUCAUUCCGAUACACAGAUCGCGUGGGACUGAAUUAGGCUGUUGCGUUCCAAUAAAAGAUGUCUCUGAAGAACCGAAAAGUACUAAAUAGAGUUUUUUAGGUAAGUUUUGACUUUUUUUCCUUGGCAAGCAGGAUUUCUGUGUAUAAACCGCUUUUUGAAUUGUUGUCACGUUAUAGAUGUUGUUGAUCCGAUGUAAAAGCAAUUGAAAUCCUAGGAGCUCCUAGUGGCACGAAGAACUUUGGGGUGCAUUGGGUAUUAUUUUCGCUAUUUUGAUACAUAACAGUUCACCCUAUUUUUAAUUUAUUUAAAUACUCAGUUUGCUCCCCCUGUACUUCCCAAAAUUUUUUACGAGGUUGUUUUACUUGCAUGCUCUUUAAACAAAAUGAUACUAGUACGUUUUAAAAAUAUUGUUAUGCAUUAUUUUGCUUAUUUAAAAUUCAACAGUGACAGGUUUCUGUUUUUGAGUUAUCUGUUUUAAAACUUAAAAAAUCGACUCAGGUCGUGUUUAUAGUUAGGAACUUCAAUUUGUUAACGGACAUUUUCUCCAUAAAAUAAGUAUUGUUAUUAUUUAAUUGAGUAAUGCUUGAUUACAAAGCAUAGUAUGGGCAAAAAGAAUUUUCUCUUAGGAAAACUUCUAUUAAUUUUUUUUUUGUGAGUAGCCGCAUUAUCCCACCCUGUUAUUUUACUCUUCACCGCAGCCUGUUGACUAAAUGAGUUCUUUUCAUUUUUCCACUUGGCCAACCCCAUAUUUUAAAUAUUGGCCCUAAUAUUCUUUCCGUGCAGGAAAAUGAUUCGUUAUCCGUCGAGUAGUUUGGAAUUACUUUCCUAAACCGAAAAUGCCAAAAAAAACUUAUGGGGAAAACACCCAGAUUAUAAUCUCUUUUGGCAGGGAAAACCGGUUAGAACCAAACUUUUUGCGAUUACACAAGAUAGCAAGUUUUUCUGAUCGGACAGUAGUUUCUCCCAACCCCCAUCUGAUGAUAAAAUUUUUAAGGGUCACUUCAAUAUGGUUCUUUUGGUUUGUUUUUCUUCUGAAAGUUUGUUUGGGAAAAUUGGGCCCAAUUCCAACAGUAAAUGGCCCCACGAAAAUCGUUUCUUCAGUUGCAAUCGGGCUGUAUGACCUACGUAUUGCCGUAAACUUCCGAAAGUAGCGAUGACUUUCCGAAAAAAACUAUCUUACGAAAGUGGCGAUGAUAAAGGUAUCUUCCCAGUUUCAGCCUUUUUCAGUCAGAAGAACGUACAUGAUAGAUAUAAAACUGAAGUGACUUUUACUUUUAAUGACUAUUACCGACUAUAAUGAUAUCUGAGGUUUUUUUUCAAAAAUCAAUAACAUAACAUAUUUUCAGAAAGUAUUCAUGACGUCUCUGAAUAUUCGUUGCAUACGUGGUGGGAAUAACCAAAGCCUUUUCGUCAGGCAGCAAAAUUUGGGUCUUUCACAUAUGUUGCGAUUUUAUUAUCUGCAAACAGUCAAGGUAGACAUUUUAGCUGGCCGGAAGUAGCGAAAUGGUAGGGAGGGGAAGGCUGCUACAUCAGGAAGCGAAGGUCGUCAAUUUCGCAAUUUUACCUGUGGUAGCUUAAAAGCUUCAAUUUUUGAUGUAUGGUUAGUCUCUGCUCUACUUCGCUGGCAGGGCAGGGCUAGGUUGACGUGAUAACGCUAAAAUAUUUGCACACGCAAACCAUUCUUUUCCUGCAAUUCCGAGAAAUUUUAAAAUGAUAUAAAGGGAAAAUUUCGGCACAAGGAAACUAUACUCGAAUACGUGUGAAAUGCAACGUUGAUGUCCUAAAAAAGAGGAUGGAAGGGAGUUGCAGCUGGAGCGGGGCGUUUACAAAUGACCAUCGCCGGUUCAAGUUGAUACCUGAGGUCAACAACUAUUUUUCCCUAUUAAAUACUGUUAACGGCGGCAUAUGAGUAACGGCAAGUAAUUCUGAUAAGGUUCUGCGAAAUACUUGUAACAGACAAAAAAAGAUUGAGAAGAUUUGAAGGAUUAAAAAGGAUUAAGCUGAUUAAACUCAUGGCGCUGUCCCUGGGCGGAACUAAGAUUUGAUGGGGUUAAGACGGUGAGGAGGGAGUUCACUUGUAGCUGACCUGAACAACGGUAUUUGAGGUAAGAAGAUUGAAAAUGUGUUUCGGGUAAGAAGAGGAAGUUUACGGGAACUCGAGGACCCCCACCCCCAACCCCCUGAAAGGACGUCCACCCUGCCUAGCCUCCUAUCGAUGCCGUACCCGUAAAAGAACCACUUCAAGUCACGCGCGUGAAAUGCGUGACCUGUAAUUCUGAGAAUUCUGAAUCAUGCAAUAUUUUAAGACCAGGUCACGAGUUCUAAAAGGUGCUAUAAUUGUGGCAUGUUCUGCCCAAUCCUGCACGCUUUAAGCUACAAGGAAAUAUGCAUACUCAGGCAAAGAAUCUCUUUUCGCUGUGAGGAGUACUUUACCUGCUCAAGGGUUGUCCUUAUGUCUAAUCGAAAGAAAAUCGUCAUUUGCUUUUCUCUGCAGGAGUUGAAAACAAGGUUGUUUUGCCAAGGAUGUCAAUAGCAGCAUGGAUAGUAGCCUACGUGCUUCUAGGCCUACUGCUUAUCAUAACACUCGUGUACGUUGGUGUUUUGGUUAUGAGAGCAUAUACCAUUCGAAAAGAAAAUCGAAUGAAAGCUUCAAACUACGGCUUCAUCCUCUCGCCACCUCCGUCUGAAACUUCGGGAACCGACACCCCUCCGAGUCCUAAGCGAUUGGAAGCUUCGGUCAAACCCCCAAGCGAGGCUCCUUUUUCUGGUAAGAACUCGUCCUUGCAGAGGUAAAUGUUAUAUUUUGCUCUUUUUUCGCUGGCAAAAUAUAUGGCAAAACUCAUCAAAGGCCAGGAACAAAUAGAAACUAAACUCGUUCCCAGGAACAAGCUCAUUAAGCCUGUUUUCGGCUACCCCUUCUUCUUAGGAGAACUAGCCUGCGAAAGCAGCCGCUCGUCCCCAGCGGCGAGGAGCGAAGAGGAGCGGCUGCUUUCGCAGGCUACAGGAGAACCCAAAGAAGGAGGUACGUCCCCGUUUUUCUUAGGGGAGGGGGCAGAUUUACAGAAGGUAAUUUCACUUGUCAACGCAGCGACCUUUCCCCCAUACGACCACCCCUCUUCGGCGACCUCUUUGUCAUUAACUUGCCUGUCUACAGACGUUUUUUCGACGAAUUUUGCGAACGCGGAGCUAGAGAAAUCACACCACCCCCUUGCGCCGGCGGUCAAUAAAUUCCCCGCGUAUUUUUUUUUUAUACGCGCGCCCAACGAUUUCUAAAACAAAGUAGGGGUCUUUUGGCAGACCUAUGUCAUGAAAACUAAAUUCUUACUACGUUAUGUACCAGACCAAGCGAUUAUGAUCUCUUGACCAGACCAGUUUUGUUUUAUUCUCACGUUGUUUUUCUUUUUAGUUGGUGACAUGCGCGAAAUUCGUAUCCAGCCCCUUCUCAUCAGACGUUCCAUUGACUUCCCUUCACCCCUGAGUCCCAGCUCUCCUAGGACACCCAAUACUCCGGGAUUCUUUGAGGACCUCGGAAGCCUGGAUCCUAGUCUUUACACAAUGGUUGCAGAGGUACGUCUAACUGGAGUACUGUUCGAGUAUUUAGUGAUGAUCCAGGGUAAAACCAGUAGCAAGGAUCAAACACAGCCUUAUCAUCCUCCGUGUGUCUAGUUGGUUUAGUGGUUCCGUCGAAUUUUUUAUAUUUUUAAUGCCUAAUUUAGUCGCUACGCUAUUUUUUAUGACAAGCAAAACUUGAAAACACUGCUAGUGCAUCAGUACAUGUGGCGCUCGAGGGAGGAGGAAAAGAAACGCCUGCAAUAACGCUAUUGUUUACCCUGUCCGCCCCUCGUUAAGGGACCAGCAUCUGCGCUUAAACAAAGAAACAGACAAACAGUGCAAACACAAUAGUAUUCUUGUUCCUAUUUCCUUCUUUCCCUUCCCCUACAAACGCCUUCCAUGCAUGCACUCUAGUGCCUUAGUUGCUAAAUUCAACUAUGACGUAAAUUUAGCAAGCACAGUAUCUCUUUGGGCCGAGUUGCGGAAAAGACUAUUAUUGCACAUCCUGGGGUAGUUUCCAUGAUGACUUAUAUGCCUCGAUUGCAGUUAACCCGGGAUUACAGUUGACUGCAAAACAGCCCGUAUUUUUGAGAAGGUUAAGAACGCUUGCGCGAGCGGCCAAACGAAUAGUCAGGGGGCGAGGGUGAAAACAGAGAGUGAGACUGGGGAGAGACGCGAAAAAUACGUUUAUUUUUCUUUCGGGCAAGUAGGGCUCGAGCGCUCUGCGCGAAAAUCUCACAUUGGCUCUUUUCGCCUUUGCAGUCCAGGAUCACAGAUAAACUCGGCAUAAUAAUCUCUAUCUCUGUAGUUUUUUAAAAGCCAAGUCGCUUUAGUAACCUUCUUUUACAUAUUGACAUUUAAAGACCUGUUUUUAUACAGGAGGAUGAAGAGCCCCCUACUCCUGGUGCCCCAGAUGGCCGCUCUUCGCCGUACAAUCUUGGUCAAGCUCAUUUUAUAGUCAAGUUUGAUCAGCAUCGCUCAGUGCUCACUGUAAGACUAGUCAAGGCCCUUAACCUGUCUCCAAUGGAAAAAGAAUGGAGCAAACCAUGUAAUCCGUAUGUUAUAGUACAACUUCUUCCCGAUUACCGGCACCAGUUGCAGUCCACUGUGCAUAGGAAAACCACAAACCCUCGCUUCGAUGAAACGUUUGAAUUUGAGGUAAGAUUGAGGCGCACUUCUGCGUAGCCUGUAAACAGACUUUGUAUUCUUUUUCUUUUUGAAAAUCGAUGAAAACGUGAGCGAAGCGAGCGCGCAAGAGAGGGAAAUUAAUUUUCUCCUUUCCCCUCUCCACGCCCUUGCGCCAGAGGUCAAUAAACCCCCCGCGGUUUUUAUUUUCGUACGCGGACUCGACGACCUCUAAAAAAAAAAAUAGAGGGUCUGUGAACGGGAUAACUUCUGCCCAAUGAGGCCUCUACUAAUGAGAAUUGACUGAAAAUAAUGUCUGUCUUAAGAUUUGCAGAGGUAGAGAUUGUUUGAAGUUUUGUACUCAGUUUGGAAUCCAGAGGUGUAACGAAGAGGACUUUCGACUAUGCCAAGCGCGCACUAGUUUUGCCUGCCAUUUUUAACAAACUAUUCAUAAUCUUUUUUGUAAGAAAACAUAGCAUUCAAUAACCUUACUUUCUUUUUACUUUUUAAAAAGUUAUCGUACAAGGAGCUCCAAGUUCAAACGCUAUGGCUUACGUUUCUCUCAUUUGAUUCGUCGUCGCGUCACGAGGUGAUUGGACAAGUGGUUUUACCAUUAGCGGACUUGGAUCUGGCCAAUGAAAAUGUCUUUAGAACUGAUAUCAGACCGAGUCUUAAGGUAAGCCUGGUCUUAGUAUUGAUAUUUCUAGGCUCUCACUAAACUAGGAAACAUUGUUUUAUCCGGACGCAAUUUUUCAGAGUUUACGAACGCGAAAAACAUAUCAUGUGGACUCAAAUUUUGUUUCCUGGAUGAUACAGAGAAUUGAAUUGAAACCACCAUAGGACCUAAAUUACUUCAGACACAAUGUGCUUUUUACAAAGGAAAAGAUUUCUUCCUCCACUCUUCCUAGACAAUAUUAUGCUGCUGCUCACGUUACCCGUAAGAAACAUAAACAAGCAAACUUUGGAUGGGGGAGGGGUGGGGGAAGUUUUGUUUUUCGGCGAAUACCUAAUUAAACUACAGCUUCCUAACAAAUUUUACGCUAAUUCUAGGCAGAAACAAAAUUGCUUAUCACAGGGAGAUUUUCUUCUGAAACACUGUUUCCUCAAAAGCGUUUUCUAGCUUGACCUAUUUAACGGUUAUUGCUCUUGUUUCUACAGAAACAAGUGUCUUUGGGCGAAAUGAUGGUGUCGCUUGGCUAUCUUAAGUCUGCAGAGAGGCUAACUGUUGUCGUCAUCAAGGCUCGGAAUCUACCGUCAGUUAAUAUAAAGGGAACAGGUUAGUAUUGUGUGAUUGUUAUCGAAGACUCCUUAUGUUGAGCCGUAGGAAGACACUGCAGCAGACUUCCUUUGUUGGGGACCCCGGUAAGUGCUGCGCGCACACUCUGGCCGAGUGUAACUAUGGUUACAAUUUUUACUAUGAUAAAAGAAUAAAUGAUUAGUGAUUCCUUGUUCAACUAGUCUACGUAGCGGGCGCUUGGAAGUAAUGGGCUCAGAAAAGAACGGGGCGCGCGAGAAAGACACACUAAGAGAGACACCCCUCGCGUGUCUCCCUCGCGCGCCCCGUUCUUUCUUGCGCCCAUUCCAAGCACCUGCCACGCAGGCUAUGGCUCAACACUAAAGAAUGUAUUUCUUCUGUCUUAGAUUCGUAUGUCAAAGUCCACCUACUGGUCGCAGGAAAACGCGCGAAAAAGAAAAAGACGUCGGUCAGGAAAGGGACACUUAAUCCUGUAUUUAACGAAGCAGUGUCAUUUGAUAUAGCAAUGGACGCUUUAAACUCUGUUGAUCUGCUAUUGUCGGUCAUGCAUGAAAACGAAAUAAUUGGCUGUGUUCAAAUUGGUGCCCAUUCCACUGGCAAGGAGCUGGACCACUGGAGGGAGGUCCGGACUGCUAAUAAACCUGUUGCGCACUGGCAUUCGCUACAAGAUCCCAAAAAAUUCUACUAG